AUGCCCUGCCAGUCAAAAUGCGAAGGCUGCGCUUGCGGCUCGGCUAGCAGCCAGAGCGCAAGCGCGGUCAAUAUUGAAGACCUCGACAAGGAGCUCGAAGCGCUCAGGAAGCGAACCAUCGAGCUGGAGAAAGUGCGCGCAUCGGCCAAAAAGGUGUCGUCCCUAUCCAGUACACUCGGCGCCGGUCGUAAGCUGCGAUCGACAACAUGGUUCAACUCGGGCGAUGCAGGGAUGACCGCCCUGUACAUCGAGCGGUACCUCAACUAUGGCGUUACGAGGGAGGAGCUCAUGGCGGGCAAGCCAAUUAUUGGCAUCGCACAGACUGGGUCUGAUAUCUCGCCGUGCAAUCGAUACCAUAUUGAGCUUGCGAAGCGGGUGCGAGAGGGAAUCAGAACGGCCGGUGGCAUCGCGUUUGAAUUCCCCACGCAUCCAAUCCAGGAGACCUCGAGACGGCCGACUGCAUGCAUUGACCGGAACUUGUCAUAUCUCGGUCUUGUGGAGAUCCUGCACGGUUAUCCCAUAGACGGCGUGGUGCUCUUGACUGGAUGCGACAAGACAACCCCGGCGUGUCUGAUGGCCGCGGCCACAAUGAACAUUCCUGCCAUCUGUAUGAACGUGGGACCGAUGAUCAACGGGUACCUGAAGAAUGAGCUAGCGGGCUCGGGCAUGGUGGUCUGGACGGGGAGAGAAAUGCAUGCUGCUGGCAAGUUAGAUGAUGAAGGACUAGUGGACUUGAUCUCUAGAGGGGCACCAUCGGUAGGGCACUGUAAUACGAUGGGCACAGCCUCGACCAUGAACGCGCUGGCAGAAGCGCUCGGGAUGGCUCUGCCAGGAUCGGCCGCCAUCCCGGCGCCUUAUCGCGAACGAGCUCAGUGCGCGUAUAAAACAGGUUUACAAAUUGUGGAAAUGGUGCACGCCGACCGGAAACCUAGCGAUAUUAUGACGCGGGAGGCUUUUGAAAAUGUUAUUGCUGUCAAUACUGCCAUUGGCGGUAGCACCAACGCCCCUAUCCAUAUCAAUGCUAUCGCAAAGCAUAUGGGCGUUGAUAUCUCCCUGGACGACUGGGACCAACUAGGGUUUAACAUUCCACUUCUGCUCAAUAUGCAACCAGCAGGAGAAUUUCUUGGCGAGGAGUACUACCGAGCGGGAGGCCUUCCGGCUAUCAUGGCGGAGCUGUUAGAUGCUGGGAAGUUGCACCCAGACAUUCUUACAUGCAACGGACAUACCGUCGCUGAGAAUGUGAAAGGGCAUCACAGCUGGGACCGACGGGUCAUCAAGCCGUACAGCGAGCCCCUUAUGAAAGACGCAGGAUUCGUGCACCUCCAGGGUACCCUAUUCGAGUCUGCCAUUAUGAAAACUUGCGUCAUAUCAGAGCAGUUCCGGCAGCAUUUCCUGGAAAACCCAGACGACCCCAAUGCCUUUGAAGGGGCCGUUGUCGUUUUCGACGGGCCAGAGGACUACCAUCGCCGAUUGGAGGAGGCUCCUAUCAAUGACAAGAGUAUCUUAGUGAUGCGCGGGACUGGGCCACUAGGUUAUCCUGGCGCCGCAGAGGUGGUCAAUAUGCACCCUCCUGGGCAUUUGUUGCGACAGGGGAUCAAGUCGCUGCCAUGCAUAGGGGAUGGUCGACAAUCGGGAACUUCCGGAUCGCCGUCCAUCCUGAACGCCAGCCCUGAAGCCGCUGCUGGAGGCAAUCUUGCACUGCUUCGCGACGGAGACAGGCUCCGCGUCGACCUCAACAAACGCCGCGUGGAUAUCCUUGUCUCGCGAAAAGAACUAGACGAGAGACGAGCGGCAUUGGAGGCCGCAGGGGGUUACAGUAUCCCGGAGAGCCAAACACCAUGGCAGGAGCUCUUCAGGAAGGAGACUAGCCAGUUGAACGAAGGCAUGGUGUUACGGGAAGCGGUAAAGUAUCAGCGACUGGCUCAGCGAUCAGAGACCCUGCGCCAUAACCAUUGA